AGAGGAAGAGAGACAGAGAGGAUUCGUAAGGCAGACCAACAAAAACACUAAAAAAAAGGAAAAGGGAAAACGAAAACCCUAAAACAGGAUAGACUAAGCCCGCUUCCGAUUUCCAAAUUUUCAAGCAUUGUAUUCCUAGAUCCCAAUUCUUGAUUCAGCAAAAGGGACUGCCUUGAUUGGCUAUGGCAAAUUCCAAGGGAUCAACAAAUGUAAGAAAUCUGAUGUAUUCUGGAAAGCAUGCUUUACUACCUCCAAAAAGUCCAUAUCCUAGUGUUUCUUCAGCAUAUACGGAUUAUGUGCCCAGCAAUGUUGUUGGAUCAAAAGUGGUUCAAAAGCCCAGGGAUGGAAAUGCACAUCACCAACGUACUUCCUCUGAGAGCUUCCUGAUAGAAGAGCAACCUUCUUGGCUUGAUGAUCUCCUUAAUGAACCAGAGACUCCUGUGCGCAAAGGAGGUCAUCGGCGUUCAUCAAGUGACUCUUUUGCAUACCUAGAUGUAGCUAAUGCUUCUAUGACAGAUUAUGCAGCUCAGGAUGAGUUCAGGUACAAAAAUAUGGUUAGUGCACCUUCUUGGGGGUCUCAAGACUUUGAUUAUUACAAUCAUCAAGAUGCUCGACUUGCUUCUUUGUACAAUGAUUCAAACUUGAUGAAGCAGAACAGAGCAUGGGAUUCUCAUUCACUAUUGAAUGCUAGAAUCCAUCCGGGUGGACUUCCUUCUGCUAGGGAGAAUACCCAUUCAAGUGGGAUUCCUUCUGCUGGAGAGAAUACUGUUCACCAUGGUUCAAGUUCUGCCUGUUUACCACGGGAAGGAGAAGUUCCAUCAACAGCUAGAGAAAAACGGGAUUCAUCUGAAUCCAUUUCUCAGGAUGCAAAAGCUUCUGAGAAAAAAGAUACAUCUCAUGCCAAGCCUUCUGCAUCAGAGACUGAUACAAAACGAGCAAAACAGCAAUUUGCUCAACGUUCAAGGGUGCGUAAACUUCAGUACAUAGCUGAGCUGGAAAGCAAUGUGCAAGCUUUACAGGCAAAAGGAUCUGAGGUUACUGGUGAGCUUGAAUUUCUUAACCAGCAGAAUCUUAUUCUUAGCAUGGAGAACAAAGCUCUCAAGCAACGUUUAGAGAGUUUGGCUCAGGAGCAGGCUAUUAAAUACUUGGAACAUGAAGUAUUAGAGAGGGAGAUUGGAAGGUUACGAGCCUUGUUCCAACAACAGCAGCAGCAGCCGCAGCAAAAUCAACAGCAGCAACAACAACGUCAGCAACAACAACAGCCAUCAACUAGCCAUCGGCGCACUAGUAGCAGAGAUCUAGAUUCCCAGUUUGCAAAUCUGUCUCUGAAACACAAGGAUGCCAGCUCCAGUUGUGACCCUGUAACUGGUCCACUCCAAAUUUAGAUAGUUAACUAGCUGGAACUAUGUCAUACUACUACUCAGCUUCAACAAUUGCUGCCAUGCUGACAAAAAUAGUUGUUCCCUGUGGCAUAAGACCAAGCUCAUUGAAUCUUGGUGCCCUUCCUCUGUCUAAUCUACUCAUCUUAUAUCUGCUGUUCCUUCUUUUAUUUCAACAAAUUAAUAUCUUCACUGGCACCUGGUAGUUGUUGCCAGAAUAUUGUCAUUUCAGGCAUGACUCACCCGAGGUGGUAAACUCUAGAACAGGUUCCAUGUUUGAGUUGAUUCUGUAUUUUUCACUGGUUUUGAUUCGGAUUUCUAGGUUCCAUUAUUCUCAAUUUUCAGUACCCACCCUGGUGGAUCCAACUUAGUGCAGAGAUCCUUAGGCUAUUUCAAUGUGCAUCAUAUCUUUUGCAACAUUAGGGUGGGAAAAUGUUUCAUGUAUAAUGUUCUUAAUAAAACCCAUAUUUCCUU